GGAGGAAGAGCAUGUCCUCCUCAGCACGGAGUAGAGUCAUUGUCCACCUUGACCUGGACUGUUUCUACGCCCAAGUGGAGAUGAUCCGUGCUCCUGACCUAAGAGACAAGCCUUUAGGUGUGCAACAGAAAGCCCUUGUUGUUACGUGUAACUACGAAGCCAGGGAACACGGAGUAAAGAAGCUGAUGGCUCUCAAGGAGGCUAAAGAGAAGUGUCCUCACUUGGUGCUGGUUAAUGGAGAAGAUCUCACUCCCUACAGGGAAAUGUCCUACAAGGUCACAGAGCUGCUGGGGCAGUAUUGUCCUCUGGUGGAGAGGCUUGGCUUUGAUGAGAACUUCCUGGAUAUCACCGAGGUGGUAGAGGAAAGACUGAAGCACCUACAACAAAGAGGAUGGGCUGGAGUCCAUGUGGCCGGCCACGUGUACAAGGACCAAGCUCUCAACUUGCACGAUACAACGCACCUGAGACUAGUUCUUGGCUCUCAAGUUGCAGAAGACCUCAGAGAAGCCCUCAACUCCAAGCUGGGCCUCACCAGCUGUGCAGGGGUGGCCUCCAACAAGUUACUGGCCAAACUGGUAUCUGGGACCUUCAAACCAAACCAACAAACCCUUCUCCUGCCCGAAAGCUCUCAGGAGCUCUUGAGAAGCCUGGGUCACAUCCAGAAGGUGCCAGGCAUUGGCUACAAGACCACCAAGCGGCUUGAGACGUUGGGUGUGAAGACCGUGGUUGACCUCCAAAGGUUCCCAUCUGCUGUGUUGGAGAAGGAAUUGGGUGUUGCCCUUGCUCAGCGUAUCCAAAAGCUCAGCUAUGGAGAAGAUGAAGCCCCUGUGACACCAUCAGGACCUCCUCAGUCCUUUAGUGAUGAAGAUUCCUUCAAGAAGUGUUCCUCAGAAGUGGAAGUCCAGGAGAAGCUGGAAGAGCUGCUUCCAAGCCUGUUGGACAGGAUACACAAGGAUGGAAGACAACCCCGCACCAUCAGGUUGACCAUACGCCGCUUCUCCUCCGCGGAGAGGUGGUUCCAUCGGGAAUGCCGUCAGUGUCCUAUCCCACCUCAUCUCAUUCCCAAAUUUGGGAAAGAUACCAGGAGCAUCAUCUCCCCCUUGGUCACCAUCUUAAUGAAGCUCUUCCGGAAGAUGGUCAAUGUGAAGCUCCCUUUUCACCUCACCCUUCUCAACAUCUGCUUCUCCAACCUCCAGGAGCUUCCUACCACCAAGAAGGGCUCUAUUGGUUUCUACCUCAAGAGCGUGGUCCCACCACCAGCUCCUGAGGAGCAGGGAGCUGAAGAUGUCCCACCAGGUGAGGGAAGUGCUGCUUGUGGCCAGAGCUUCCGCAGGAGCGAUGGAAUUCCCGACACAAGGAAGCUUUCGGAGGGGAAGGAGAACAGCGGAAGGAAAGGCGGAAUUCCCGACUUCCCAGCUCCCUCUUUUCCUGGUGCCAUUGACCAAGAAGUCUUCCGAGAGCUUCCAGAAGACAUCCAACAAGAACUUCUUGCUGCCCAGCAUCCCCGAAGGGCCGGGAUGAGCCUGGAGAAAGAAGCUCCGGAAGUCGGGAUCAGCCAAACUGUCUCCAACUGGGAAGAGGAGGCCCUUGACACACCACCUCCGGCUCCGACUCGGAGUAGAGAUGGAGUAAUCCCUCCUCACGUGGACGCAGAGACCUUUUAUGAGCUACCUCCGGAUGUGCAGCGAGACCUGGUGGCUGAAUGGAAGAGUCAGGAGCGUGGAUCCAAACCUCUGGAAAAGCCCUUGGAAAAGCCGAAGGGAAGGAAAGGGAGGAGCAAGGCGGCUCCGUGUGGAUCCAACAGCUUGUGGAGAUACUUCAACCCCCAGUGA